AUGGCAGUGCGGUCCUCGUCUGGGUCUGGAGACCCCCGCUACAUAGCGAACAACACGGGUGCCCUUCCUGGAGUUGCGGGUAGGGCUUCUGUCUCCUGCAAAGACCUGUACGCCCGCACAAGAGCUCGCAGCUUGCGGAGGCCGCCACCCGCUGGUGGUUGCGGAUGGUAUGAGUACGGGUUGUACGACGUGGCACUGGAGCUUACUGAAGUUCCUUUGCGGCCGUUCGAGUUGGAGUACAGAGAGCGCACUAUCUUGUCACCUGAGGAGCCCCAGCCCAUCGAACUCCCCAGCAGCAGGCAGCCCCCUAUCCUGGUUAAAGUUAAACAUAAACCUCGCGCUUGUGCUCCACCACACCCCUCUACAGUGCGUCUCCGCUAUGAACCCCAGGCCGCUCCCCUAAUAUUUGCUGCAGAAGGCCAACAGCAACCGCAGAAGACAGACAAAAUAGAAAAGAUGCCAUCAACGCAACUAUACAAAGAGAAAGAUACUGUGUCCUCCAGUAACGCUCCUAAGACGGUCCACAAAACAGAAAAGACAGAGAAACAUGAAAAGGCGGAGAAAUCCGACAAAGCCGAGAAAGUGGACAAAGGGGACAAGCACGAAAAAGCGGAAAAACACAACAAAGACAAGACGGAAAAGAAGGACAAGGAGAAGAGAAAGAGCAAAGACACCACUCAGGAGCAAGCCCAAAAAGAAGAAUCCUAA